AGUUAGUUGUCUUAAUAAUGGCAUUGAUAGCAUCAUUUCCAGCUGUGAUUCCUUUGAGAGAGCUAUUUUCUGUAUUAUCGGACAUGCGGAUAAUGGUUUCAAGGUGAAGGUGUGUAUGAUGCUUUGGCAGAUUUGGAGAGAUAGAAAUGGCGUGGUGUGGAGAGAUCAGUUUCCUGUCCCUGCUCGUUCGGUCGAAGCAGCUGCCGCAGCUUGGUCCGAUUGGAAACUCGCUCGUAAGCUUGUUGUUCCAAGCUGUUCUCCUGCAGCUCCUGUUGCUCGCUGUUCUGGAUGGCAUUCUCUUCCUGCUGGGCAUAUUAAAUGCAACGUGGAUGCAGCUUUUUUUGAUGAAGAGAACAAGACGGGUUUAGGAUUGGUUAUACGUGAUUAUGAGGGUGCUUUUGUGGUUGGAAAAUCUGUUCAGCUGAUGGGUCGACGAAGUGUGGAGGAGGGGGAGUUACUUGGCAUAAAAGAGGCUCUAUCUUGGAUUAAAGAACUUGGAUACUCUAAGGGUGUGGUAGAGACAGAUUGCAAGCGUGCUGCUGACUUCAUCAGUUCGAGAGAAAGAAACUUAUCGGAGGUGGGCAUCAUUGCGGACUAUUGCAGGUCCGAGCUUCUCUCUUUACCGGAUGUUGCUAUUGCUCAUGUUAAGCGCGAUCAAAAUGCUGUUGCUCAUGGUUUGGCAAAGCUUGCGAGAGAUUUAUUUUCACAUCAUGUUUGGAGUGAACCCCCGAUUUCUGUGGUGGGUCAUCUUCAUAUUCCAUGUUCGUGUGAUCAAUAA